AUGGAAUCCGCGACUGUUCCCCGGAAAGCACCUCUAGACCUAACGACCCCUUUACGUCCGCCAUCGCUUCACCUGGCUAAGCUAGACGUCGACAUCCUUGCCAGGGUUCCAAGGCGAUGGGAGUCGGAGCGCAACGCCGACGAGCCAGAGGAGCCAGAACCCUCGGUUGACUCUCCCGUCGGUUCGACCUUUGGCUCUUCCUUCUCGCAAAGGUCAUCUACGGGCUCCAAUUCAACGAUGCCAACCGAACCGUCAUCGCCCAUGACGCCAAAAGAGGAACAUGAUCCGGAGUUUCUCUCUCGACAAACACUCACCUUUCCUGUUCCACCACAUCCACAGACGGAGCCACUCAAACGAAAGUACGAGACGCCUGAUGAAGACGUCAAAAGGGUCAAACUUCCUGGUUUGCAGUACCUUUCCAAUCCUCGCAGGAAAGACUCCAUGGCCUUGCACGAGGACACCAAGAGUGUCAGACUGCCUAGCGUGCAACACCUCUUCGAUUCUUCGGACCAGAAGUGGAAUGUCUCGGAUAAUGCAACCGCAGGUGAACCGAAGAAGGUCAAUCUUCCCGGUGUACAUCAUCUGUUCAGCUCUCCAGCACAGAGACCCCUAUUACAUUCGCGGAGCCGAUGUCGUCUUCCAACACCUAGUGCCAGCCCAGAACCAGCCACCGAGUAUGUCUACUCGCGAAGACCAAGUGCAUACUCGACCCAGGAUCCUAUCAAUCAGGGUCCCAAGACGUUUCAGGGCCACACGCCCCCGUAUUAUGCUUCUUGCCAGCAGGACCAAACAGUGUUCCGCAGUGCGCAGAACAUCCCCCAACAGCAUUACGACUUCAGCUACCUGCCGCGUCAGCAGCCCUCGCCACCUAGGGAGAUGUCCAGGAAAGAGCGGGCGAAGCCCAAGAAUGGGACGCACUGCAACGUCAAGUACGCCCUGGAAGAGACAGACUUCAACCGGUACCACAAGAUCGACCUGAAGCAGGGGUGGGAGGCAAUCCGAGUCAUUUUCAACGCCAAGUUUCCCAUGGUCGGCGAUCGCAACCGGACAGUACAGGGCAUCCAGGGUGAUCACUACCGCGAUAACAAGUGCCUUCCCUUCAUCGCGGACGGAAGCAACCAGCUGCUGUUCAUGCCGAACGGGCACGUCGAGCACACCGAGGUCAAGGUUCGCGAGCAGGGCGACCGCAAGAAGUGGUACGGUCUGAUCUACCUCUACCCAGAGCGCGCCAUGCUAUAUCCGUGGGUGCUGCCCGAACACCGACAGAUCGCUGCCGACUUGCUCAAGGACAGACUCGUCCAGAAGGAGCGCGCCCGACGCGAAGCCAUGGAACGCGGGACAUGGGUCGAGAAGAUGCAGCCCAGCCGCUGCGGCUGCUGCCCCAAGGAGGACCGAGAACGAGACGCGAACAAGCGCGAGAAAUACGCCGUGCCGACCCCCAGGUUCAGGCUGCCGCACAACUUCAAGGCGGCCAACAUCGACUACGACUUUUCCAAGUCGUCCAAGCUGUGA